AUGCGUUGGCCCGGCCACCUCCCGGCCACCCUGGCCCUGCUCGUGGGUGAGCUGCUGGCCCUCCACGCAGGCAGCCGUCGGGGUGGGCACGGGGCUCGGAGGCUGCCGUUGGGAUGUGCCCCGGGGCCCUCCUGCAGUUCCCAGCUCCUGACUGGGCAGCACUAUGGAGUCCUGCUGCCUUUCCCAGCCACGUCCCACGGGUCCCUGAGCUGCGCCUGGGUUCCCAACUACUGCGGGAGUCCCCAGGAAGCUGUGUGCAACUUCGUGUGUGACUGCAGGGACUGCUCGGAUGAGCUGCAGUGUGGUUUCCACGGGGCCGCUCCCGCCCCAGGCGCCCCCUUCACCUGCAACUUUGAGCGGGACUCCUGCGGCUGGCAGGACGUCAGCACCUCGGGCUACAGCUGGCUUCGGGACCGGGCAGGUGCUGCGCUAGACUGGCCCAGGGCACGCACAGACCACACGCUCGGCACCGACCUGGGCUGGUACGUGGCCGUCGACACCCACCGCGGGAAAGAGGCGUCCACGGCAGUCCUGCGCUCACCACCCCUGCACGAGGCAGCCGCCCCCUGCCAGAUCCGGCUCUGGUUCCACGCAGCCUCAGGAGAUGUGGCUGAGCUGAGGCUGGAGCUGAUCCAUGGCGCCGAGACUCUGACCCUGUGGCGGAGCUCAGGGCCCUGGGGCCCCGGCUGGCAGGAGCUGGCGGUGGCCACAGGCCGCAUCUGGGGCGACUUCCGGGUCACCUUCUCUGCUACCCGAAAUGCCACCCACAGAGGUGCGGUGGCCUUGGACGAUGUGGAGUUCUGGAGCUGUGGGCUGCCCACCCCCAGGGCCAGCUGCCCCCUGGGGCAGCACCACUGCCAAAACAAGGCCUGCGUGGAGCCCCACCAGCUGUGCGACGGGGAGGACAACUGCGGGGACCGCUCGGAUGAGGACCCGGCCACCUGCAGUCACCACACAGUCACCGACUUUGAGACUGGCCUGGGUCUGUGGAAUCUUUCAGAGGGGUGGUCCCUCAACCACAGUGCUGGAGGCCUCGAGCACCCUGCCUGGCCGCGCCGAGACCACAGCCGGAACAGUGCCAAGGGUUCCUUCCUGAUCUCUGUGGCCAAGCCCAGCACCCCUGCUGUCCUCUCCAGCCCCAAGCUCCAAGCCUCUGGUGGCCACUGCGCACUGGUCUUCUAUCGGUACCUGUGCGGGUCUGAGGCUGGCAGCCUCCAGUUAUUCCUGCAGUUUCAGGACAACGGUGCCUCCCAGACCCCCGUCCUGCUGCGGAGCCGCCGAGGGGAGCUUGGGGACAUCUGGGUCCGCGACCGGGUGGACAUCCGGAGCGUGCACCCCUUCUGGAUCCUGCUGAUCGGGCAGACAGGCCCGGGAGGUGUCGUGGGCCUGGAUGACCUCAUCCUGUCGGACCGCUGCACCCCAGUCCUGGAGCCCUCUGCCCUGCAGACGCCGCCCCCACAGCCCCAGAACUCCUGUGAGCCCGGAUCCCUGUCCUGUGGGGACCUGUGUGUGCCCCCCGAGCAGCUGUGUGACUUCCAGCAGCAGUGCGCGGGGGGUGAGGACGAGCAGCACUGCGGCACCACAGACUUCGAGUCCACGGCUGGGGGCUGGGAGGACACCAGUGUGGGGCGGCUGCAGUGGCAAAGGUUGGAGGCCCCGGAGAGCAGGGGCCCUGCCGCAAGGUGCUCUUCCUGUGCCCCAGGACACUUCCUGUCCCUGCAGAGGGCCUGGGGGCAGCUGGAGGCUGUGGCCACUGUCCUCACGCCAGCCCUGGGCCCCUCAGGCCCCGCCUGUGAGCUCCACAUGGCUUACUACUUCCAGAGUCACCCCCAAGAGAUCACCUGUAACUUCGAGCGGGACACAUGCGGCUGGCACGCUGGCCACCUCACAGAUGCCCACUGGCACCGAGUCAAGAGCAGCGGCCCAGAUUACGACCACACCACGGGCCAAGGCCACUUUGUGCUUCUGGACCCCGCUGAGCCCCUGGCCCGGGGCCCCGGCGCCCAGCUGCUUACCGGGCUGCAGACGCCAGGGGCGCUGACAGAGUGCGUGUCCUUCUGGUACCACCUCCACGGGCCCCAGAUAGGGACACUGCUCCUGGCCAUGCGGCGGGAAGGGGCCAUGGAGACGGCCCUGUGGUUACGCUCAGGCUCCCACGGCAACCGGUGGCACCAGGCCUGGGCCACCCUCACUCACCAGCCCGGCUCCAAGUACCAGCUGCUGUUCGAGGGCCUGCGGGAUGGCUUCCAGGGCACUAUGGGGUUGGACGAUGUUGUUGUGCGGCCUGGUCCAUGCUGGGCCCCCAGGCACUGCUCCUUUGAGGACUCAGCCUGUGGCUUCUCCACGGGCGGCCAGGGCCUCUGGAGACACCAGACCAACGCCACAGGUCAGGCUGUACAGGGCCCCUGGGCAGACCACACCACCGAGACAGCACAAGGGCACUACAUGCUAGUGGACAUGAGCCCCCAGGCGCUGGCCCGUGGCCACGUGGCCUCCCUGAGCUCGGAGGAGCACGGGCCUCUGGCCCAGCCGGCCUGCCUGACCUUCUGGUACCACCUGAGCCUCCAAAACCCAGGCACCUUGCGGGUCCACGUGGAGGAGGGUGAGCGACGCCAGGUGUUCAGCGUCAGUGCCCACGGUGGGCUGGCCUGGCGCUUGGGCAGCGUGGAUGUGCAGGCUGAGCGAGCCUGGAGGGUGGUAUUUGAGGCCGAGGCCGCGGGUGUGGAGUACGCGUACGUUGCAGUGGAUGACCUGUCUCUCGAGGAUGGGCCUUGCCCUCAGCCAGCAUCCUGUGACUUUGAGUCUGGCUUGUGUGGCUGGAGCCACCUGCCCUGGCCCAGCCCGGGCGGGUACAGCUGGGAUUGGAGCAGUGGGGCCACGCCCUCCCGGUACCUCCAGCCCUCCGUGGACCACACCCUGGGCACUGAGGCAGGCCACUUUGCCUUCUUUGAAACUGGUGUGCUGGGACCGGGGGGCCGGGCGGCCUGGCUGCGCAGUGAGCCGUUGCCUGCCACCGAGGGCUCCUGUCUCCGCUUCUGGUACCACAUGGGCUUCCCUGAGCACUUCUACAAGGGGGAGUUGAGAGUACUGCUGAGCAGCACCCGGGGGCAGCUGACCGUGUGGGGCACAGGUGGGCAUCAGCGGCACCAGUGGCUGGAAGGGCAGGUGGAGGUGGCUAGCCCCGAGGAGUUCCAGCUCAUGUUUGAAGCCACGCUGGGUGGCCAGCCAACCCUGGGGCCCAUCGCUCUGGACGAUGUACAGUACUUGGUCGGGCAGCCCUGCCAUCUACCUGCACCCAGCCAGGGGGACGGGCCCGCCCCCACGUUGGUGCCCGUCGUGGUCGGCGGCGCCCUCUUCCUCUUGGUGCUCCUGGGCCUGCUUGGAUUUGCGGGGCAGCGCUGGGUCCGGAAGAGAGGGGGCUGCCUCUUCCUGGGGCGCCGAGAGACCGGGGCAGCGCAGGGCUUCGACAACAUACUCUUCAACGCGGAAGGCAUCACGCUCCCGACGCCCGUCGCCAGCGACCAGUAG